GUAAAAACAGCGACGUUACAAAUAAAACAACAACAACAUAGCGGGAUGUAAGUCACAGCAACAUUUCUGCUCAUCAGUCGUCAGCGCAGUCAUCUUCAUUCAAAAGAAUAAGUUCCUCACUUGAGAUGGUGACAAAUGUCUGAAAAUGAGCCUCAUUGCCAGUCUGGCCUAUGUAAUAGCCAUUCUGAUAGGUCUGUUACUCUACUACUCAUAUCAGAAGCGAGACAAGCAGGAAAUGGCUCCGUCAGCAUCAGUACUCAGAAGACGAAAGAGGCUCCAGAAACAUUAUUCAUUAUUUGCAGCCCUUGGUUUAGAAAGGAAUAACAACCAUCAAAAUAAUUUCAGUGCCAUAGAGGAUCAGUUUACAAGCUUUAGUCAAGUCAGUAAUGCUUGCUCCAAAGCUGGCUUGGAAAGGUGUGGGUUAAUUGUUGGCGUCGAUUUUACUGCUAGCAACGAAUGGCAGGGUAGAAAAACUUUCAGGGGACAUUGUCUACACAGAAUAGAUGGUGAAAAAAUAUAUAAUCCUUAUCAAAAAGUGAUAAAUAUCAUAGGGAAUACCUUAGAACCUUUUGACGAAGAUAAUUUAAUUCCUGCAUAUGGUUUUGGUGAUACAGAAACCAUUGAUACAAAAGUGUUCCCGUUCAAUUCAGAUGAAUCUCCCUGCAAAGGAUUCAAAGACGUUUUAGAUCGAUACAAUGACAUCGCCAAACGUGUUCAGCUCAGUGGGCCUACCAACUUUGCGCCUUUAAUUCAUAAAGCUAUUGAGCUGGUUAAAGCUGAAAAGAUUUAUCAUAUAUUGUUAAUAAUUGCUGAUGGACAGGUAAACGAGGAAGAUCCAACAAUUGAUGCUAUUGUGGAGGCAUCAAAUUACCCGUUAAGUAUAGUUGUUAUCGGAGUUGGGGAUGGGCCUUGGGAAACAAUGGAUGAUUUUGAUAAUCUCUUGCCGAAACGAAAGUUUGACAAUUUUCAGUUUGUGAACUAUCAUCAAGUGGCAUCCAAGUCAAGAAAGCCUGAGACUGCUAUUGCAUUACAUGCCUUAAUGGAGAUCCCUGACCAGUAUAAAACGAUUAAAGCCAUGGGAUAUUUGAACAAAGGCAAGCUUGAAACCCCUCUAUGAAGAACAAUCGUGAAUUAUAGAAGAUCUAUUAUAGAAUGAUCAUAUUAUUGUUUUACUUUUCUGCAGUGUUUGUUUGUAUGAAAAUGUACUUCUCCUCUUCACCAAGUGAAGAUAUAAUUUAACAUGCUAUCAUUUGUGAAGGGAUUUCAGUAUGAAAAAAGUUUUGAAUUAAACUUUUUGCAUAAUGGACUUCCUUUUGAAUCACCCUUAAUGAAGGAAUCAUUUUCUAAGAAUGUAAGCAUCUGACAUUUAUUAUAUAUAUAGAUCUAGAUAAAAUUCUUACUGGUGUAUUUUUCACAGAUAAAAAGAUAAUUUUAUUAUUAUGUGCAAUAUUUGUUUCUGUCUUUGAUAGCAUGGGCAUAUUUUUGUUACUUCUUCAAUAUGUAACAUAAUUUACAAUGUAUAUAUUUUUCUAUUACGAACUACAUUUUAGCCAUCAAUUGUCUGCCAAAGGAAAAAACUGAAAUUUUGCUCUGCCUCAUUGAUCAUACAUGGGUAAAACUAAAGUACCGGUAAUGGGUAUUGUUGUUGGGUUUUUUACUUUUGAUUUGUCUAUAACAGUUUUUGAGUAAACUUUUCUUACAAAAGCAAAAAUAAUUAUGAUGGCUAAACUUCUUUUUAGAUCACCUGGGCACAAUGUGCUCAUGGAGAGCUUUUGUGAUCCCCUUUUAUCCAUCGUCCGUCGUGCGUUGUGCGGCGUUAACAUUUGCCAUGUUAACACUCUAGAGGCAACAUUUAUUGUCCAUUCUUCAGGAAAUUAAGUCAGAAGAUUGGUCUCAAUGAUAUCUUGGAUGAGUUUGAAAAUGGUUAUGUUUGCUUGAAAAACAUGGCUGCCAAGAGGCUGGGCAUUUUUCCUUAUAUGGCUAUAGUAAAAUCUUGUUAACACUCUAGAGGUCCGAUCUUCAUAAAACUUGGUCAGGAGAUUCAUCCCAAUAAUAUCUUUGAAGAGUUAAAAAAUGAUGCCGGUUGGUUGAUAAACAUGGCCACCAGGGGGCGGGACAUUUUUCCUUAUAUGGCUAUUAUAAUAUAAGUAAAACCUUGUUCACACUCUAUAGAGGUCACAUUUAUUUUCCAAUCUUCAUGAAACUUGGUCAGAAGAUUUGUCCCAAUGAUAUCUUGGAUGAGUUUGAAAAUGGUUUCGGUUGUUUUAAAAACAUGGCCACCAGGGGGCAGGGCAUUUUUCCUUAUAUGGCUAUAUAUGGCUUUAGUAAAACCUUGUUAACACUCUAGAGGCCACAUUUAUUGUCCAAUCUUCAUGAAAUGUGGUCAGAAGAUUGGUCUCAAUGAUAUCUUGGAUGAGUUGGAAAAUGGUUACGUUUGCUUUAAAAACAUGGCUGCCAAGGGGCGGGGCAUUUUUCCUUCUAUGGCUAUAUAUGGCUAUAGUAAAAUCUUGUUAACACUUUAGAGGCCACCAUUAUUGUCCGAUCUUCAUUAAACUUUGUCAGCAGAUUCAUACUGAUAAUAUCUUGGACGAGUUAAAAAAGGAUGCUGGUUGGUUGAAAAACAUGGCCACCAAGGGGCGGGGCAUUUUUCCUUAUAUGGCUAUAGUGAAACCUUGUUAACACUAUAGAGGCCAAAAGAUUUGUCCCAAUGAUAUCUUGGAUGAGUUUGAAAAAGGCUCCAGUUGGUGGAAAAACAUGGCCACCAGGAGGGUGUGGCAUUUUUCCUUAUAUAGCAAUAGUAAAACCUUGUUAACACUCUAGAAGCCACAUCCGUAAGUGGUUAACAACUAUAUAUAAUUGAAUUGUAUAAACAAUUGCGUUACUUGCACAUACUUGACAAUUAUCAAAUAGCUAAGUUGAUCUGAGUGAGGGAUGCUAGAUCUACUCAAGGUAACAUGCCUUUAUGCAAUUUUCCAGGUAUGUGUUGCACAGCAUUUUUAUGGAUUGGGGUUUUCAUUUCCUAUAUUUUCCAGCUUAAUAGAAUCCUUUUUUUCAGAAACAGCCUUUUUCAGGCCUUUUCCAGGCGUAUCUACAGGUCUGUUAAACCAAACUUGUAAAAAAAAACUAAAUUAAAAAAAAUAUAUAUAUGUAAAUUAGUGUCUAAUGAUUAAUAUAUCUGAACUUUAUUUCAAUUACAUGUACAUCUAAUGAAGUAUAUCACUAUUAUUUAUAUAACUUUAUUUUUUGAAUUUGAAUAAUAAUAUUAAAUUAUUUUUUCAAAAGCGCUUUCUUUGCCUGAAAAAUUCCCAAUCCCAAUCCUAAAAUUGUUUUGUCCGAAAUUGCCGUGAAAAGGCCUUUUUUUUUGUACAGGUAUAUACUUGCCCCUCAAUGAUUCAAAUAUUGCUGCUCGAAAAAUAUAUAUUCAUAAAAUAGGCAUUUUUCUCAUAUCACUUAUACUUCAGAUUAUGUCAUUAUAUUUUUAG